AUCGGGACCAGAAGGAGCAGGCGCAGGCGGCGGUCUUGUGGUCAGAGGCCCCCGCGUGAAAGUACUUAGAGAGGAAAGAUGGGAGAGGGCACAACCAGGCUUCGUUUCCCGAUUAGGAAGGGUCGCUGGCGGCUUGGCGCGCUUCGUGCUGACUCAGCUGUGGUCAUUCUAAUGAUGCUCUUAGUGAUGUCCUCCGCUGUGGUGUUCUGGGGAAUGGGCGCUUCCAUAUCCGCCGUGGUGGGGGAGGAGAAGGGGGGGGGGAGGUGGUUCCCCUUGGGAAUGCCGAUGGAGCAGCCAUCGGAUCAAAAUGCGGAUCUGGUCACUGACGACUUCUUCGAGGGGGAUGUAAAUGGUAGUCUGGGGGGAAGGGGAGGGGAGGGGGGGAGGGGGGGAGGGGGUACGAUACCACGUCGGACUGCUGAGGGUGGUGAUGAUGAUAAUGACGUGUCAUCUGCGGGGAUGAAGACGGCGCAGCCUCGACGCCGGAGCUUGAUGGAAGACGUGGGAAAGCAGCAGAUAGUGGAUGAACAGGAUUACGGGGAUGGCAAUUUGAGAGGAGAUCCUGUGGGAGAAGGAGAGCAGGGGGCCAACGAGAAAAAGGGGGACACGUUGUCGGGGAUAACGACAAUUCUGGCGGGACUAGAGGGAGAGGAGAAGGAGAAGGACAAGACGGGGGUGAGGUUUGAGGAGGCGAAGGUGAAUGGGAAAUUAGAGUACGUGGCGCGAUUGAGGCCGCAGAAGUAUAAGGAGAAAGAGAAGGCGGAGGAGAAGGUAGUAUUAGGAGGAGGAGGAGGAGGAGGAGGAGGGGAAACGGAGGGAGUGGGAGGGAAUGAUGGCGGGAACGGGACGGCGAUUGCGCGGGAAACGAAGGGAGAAGUAGGAGGAGGAGGAGGAGGAGGGGGAGAGAAUGGCGUGGCGGGUAGGGGGGUGGAUGCGGAGAAGACGGGGAAAGAAGCGGGCGCAGCAGUAGUAGUCGGAGGGGGAAAGGAAAAAAAGACUGCCUGGUAUGAGCAAUUAGGGUUACGAGGGACUGCGGACGAGACGGGUACUCUAGAUGGAAGGGAGGGAGGAGGAGGAGGUGGAGGAGGAGGGGGAGGAGGAGGUGGUGGUCCCGCUGGGCUAGUUGCGAUGACAGAAGGAGAUGGGGCUGGUGCCGCUGUAGCUGUAGACGGUGCAGGGAAGAGAACAGACGGAGGGAGAGAAGCUAUGAAAGAUGACAAGGGAGGAGAAAUCGUCGUCGGAGGACAGCAAGGAGGAGGAGAAGGAGGAGCCGGAGCAGCAGCAGCAGGAGGAGGAGGAGGAGGAGGAGGAGGAGGAGGAAGUGCAGAAGGAGAGGGAGGCGAAGGUAAUAAUGACCAGAGUAACGAAAAUGGUGGGAAAGUUGAUGACCUGGACGGUGAAGGGGAGCAAAAGGAAGAUGUUCCCCGCCUCGUUGAUCAGGACGACAACGAAUUUGUAAUUAGUAAUCCAUCAACGAAAGGGCAGAUGGAUCUUCAGGAGGACCUGACGUUGAUCUCAGACAUUGUCAAGGUGAUUGUGUCUGCGGCUGUGGGUGGGUUAGCAUGCGGAUUUCUCGGCCAGCCAGUGAUACUAGGUUACCUCGCGGCAGGAAUGUUGGUGGGACCAGGAGGUUUUUCCUUGGUCCGUGAGCUGGUCCAGGUAGAGACUCUCGCACAGUUUGGAGUGGUCUUCAUGUUGUUUGCUCUGGGUGUAGAUUUCAGCACAUCGUCUAUGCAGAGAGUGCAGAUGGUUGCACUCGGAGGAGGCUUUAUCCAAAUGACAGUCUCGAUGAUUCUAGGUGGAGUUUCUGCGCAGUUGUUUGGGGCGAGCCUGCAGCAGGGAGUCUUUGUUGGAGCAUUUCUCUCCAUGUCAUCAACGGCAGUCGUUCUCAAGUGUCUACUGGACAGCAACACGGCGAGCACAGAGAGUGGUCAGAUUAUGGUCGGCACACUGAUUACCCAAGACUGUGGCCUGGGUCUACUGUUGGCGGUACUUCCCGCGUUUGCAUCGAACAAACGUGCUGCGAGUAUUAUCUCAACCCUGGGACACAACUUGGCAACGCUCGUUGGGUUUGCGGUCCUGGCGUGGAUAAUUGCAAAAAUUCUUAUCCCUCAUUAUUUUCGCAUUCUGGGCCGAGUGACGCGGAGCACAUCUGAGCUCUACCAGCUCGGAGUCGUGGCGAUCUGCUUGGCCGUCGCAUUGUUUGGCGAAUUCAUCGGUCUCAGUAUUGAAGUCGGAGCUUUUGUCGCCGGCCUUAUGGUGUCCGGUGGACCUCACAAUGAACGAACUCUGCACCAGAUCGAUCCGAUCCGGAACAUCUUUGCAGCACUGUUCUUGUCAUCGAUUGGAAUGCUAAUGCAGCCAAGGUUUUUAUGGGACCACAAAGUUGUUCUGUCAUCGGCACUGGCAAUCGUAUUCCUCGGCAAAACUGCCCUUGUUGCAAUUGUAGUGCGCUUGUUCGGGUAUUCGGCGCGAACGGCGCUGAGUGUUGGAAUAGCGCUGGCACAAAUCGGAGAACUGUCCUUUGUUCUCUUGAGCCGCGCCCGACGACUUAAGCUGGUUUCCUCAGGUGUCUAUCUGCUGUUAAUGGGCACAACAGCGCUGAGCCUACUCAUCAGUCCCUUCGCAUUCAAGUUCGCAAUGAGGAUCAUACCUCAUGAUGGGCCCCCAAGGAAGCGGCCGGCAGUCAAUCCGCCACCACCACUGCCUCACACCAACCAUGGUGUCAUCUCCAAUCACCGGGAUGAUCUGAAGAGGGCGGCUGCACAUCGCAACCACAGGUCAGACCACAGCGAAUUGGUUGAUGGUAUCCCUCACUCACUGUGGCCUGCCUCACCUGGAAAAGUUGUCAUGACGGUCGUGAAUGGAGCAAUAGAUGACUCUGCGGCAAUAAGACGAAUCUGAUAUUGUGCGGUGUACUGUCGACAGGAACAGCGGACUCUACGCAGCAUGGCACGCGGACUGAAAUGAGGAUGCACAGGUCCAAUAUUCACAUCCCAUCACUCAAGACGGAGGCAGAUGGACCGAACGUGGAAGCAAUAUCUCGCUACGGAAAGAAGGAUCCCUCCCUCCUGACUGGUGGUGGUCCCCACAAAUCCCAUCCAUGUCUCUACCAACAGUUUAUAUCUGCAUGGUCUCUGCAAGUAGAUUGUCUGCUUCUUAAAGAGGAUGACCCACCCCGUUGACGAGAGGAGGCUAUGUCAAGGGAGGGGGUAAAGAGGAGGAAAUCGGAACAGUGAAGGAAAAGACGAGACGAUGACCUUGCUGAAAAAAAAAAGGGUCAUCUCAAGGAGAUGCGAAAAGACAUGUGGUGGUCCUCUCGACUCCUCGUCACACAGGCUUGGGCCCUGGGGGCAUGGACUACUAAUUUCAUUGAGACACUGAAGGAAGACAAGGGAUGGCGAUUUCGACAGAAGGCAGUGUCAAGUAGAGCGGGACGACAUAUGUGGUCUUCGUUCGUUGCACACAGACUUGUCGGCAUGGGCGCUACUCGUCAUUUUGUCGAGACCAGGGCAACACGGACAACAGGGACAACAUGGGCCUGUCUCUUGCGCCAUGGAUAGACGUCGGUUUUGAAGAUGUUUGUUUUCCUAAUAUGUCCGCAUCAAGUUGUGCGCUGCCAUCCCCACCUAGAUUUGCACAGCACGAAUAGGGGGUAAGCAACAUUGCCAGGCAGGUGGAUGCCGAAAGCCAAAGGCAGAAGACCGAAACUAUGUAGAUAAUUUCAGGGAGACGCGACAGGAGGAGAGGGAGGAAUGGCAAAGAGGGGAUGGAGAGAAACUGGAGUACUUGCGUCCUUCUCAAAGUGAAAAGAGGGAGGAAUAAGAGCUCAAGGAGCUCAGAGAUAGAAGCCAAAAUCAAGAUCGCUAAAGAAGAGUGUUUGAGAAUGACAAAGUGGGAAGGGGGCGAGGAACGGGGGAAUAAAUGGCUUUUUAUUCCCUGAACUGAAAGAUACAGACCACGCUAGGUGUCCACCUACCGGUAGCAUCAGGGAGUGAGCAGGGCAAUCAUCGGUAUGAAGAUGAAUCUGUUGGAGCAAUGUUCAAACUGCGAAUCCUUCCGCAUGUGCAUCAGCGCGACUGCCUUGCCGGCUUGAUUGUGCAAAGGGAUGUGAGAUAGACCAUCCGAGGCAGUCCACUUCGCGUCCGGAAAUGAGCAGCGAAAUCAAUCGCCAUAAAAAGCAUCUGGCGGAUAAACGUUCCAGGCGGAAAUCCCUCCACGUGUGCAUUCAUGCGUCAAUGCGACUGCCUGGCUGGCUUGUUUGUGAAAAGAGAUGUUGCCGUCUAAAUCAGGUAAUGAUGGGAACAUAGGAGUGACAAUCACUCUGGCUUUGGUUUUGCCUCAGCAAGCAGGGGAGCAGUCGUGGAGAUAUACAAAUGUGAAAGAGUCGUGGAGAAGCAGAGCCGUUUGAGGCUGGCGCACAGUGACUGAAACAGUUUGGCAUGUACGGAAAUGUUAGAGAAUGUCAGAAGAUGCAAUGUCAGAAUGUACAGAGCAACAGACUUCCGAGGGGAUAUGGUUCGGCGGGCCCCGGCGGAUAUGGCUCAGCGGGCCUUGUCGGUUGUCGCUACUUUGUUACAGAUCAGUGAUCACCGCUUUUCUUUGCAGAUUAUGGCUUUGUGCCGAAAUCCGUAAUCUGGUUGUGUGCUGGCGUACGGCACCUGGUAUUGAAUCAAUCAAUAAAACAUAG